AUGGCAUUCAAACGGUUCACACAAAGUAUCAUUAAUUUCAAAAAAGUUGCUGAUUUGGUGGGAGAAAAGCAUGCCAAAGAGGUCACAGCUCUAGCUCACCAUCAUCAUCAGUACUGGAGUGUAGUGAUGUCAAAGCUUGCAGAAUUGCCGAAAUAUGACUUUGCAAAACUAAAGGAGCAAAUGCCAGAGCAUAGAGCAGUUUUAAAUAAUUUGCAGAAACAGUAUGAGGCAUUAAAAGUACCAUUUGGUACUGUUCCAGAACGACUAACUCAAGAAAUUGAUCAGUUUCUAAAGUACAUCAAUGCGAAAAUGGAUUUUCUGAGCCGUAAAUUGCUAGAUGCUGUAGAAGAUGAAAAGAAAGUGAAAGCUAAAUAUGAAAACAUGCCACCUAUUGAGCACUUUCGCCAAGAACACUUUGCGAAAUUCUUUCCAGAAGUGCAUCGCGAUGUUCGCUUACCCAUUGAACGUUUUACAAUGGCAUGGGGUACCUCAAGCACUCCUGAACAUUUUCAGGAACUGAAGAAACUUUAUAGAGACUAUCGUACACGUCCUGCUCCUGAACAUCACGGAAAAUGA